AUGAGCGACGAGGCUGGUCAACUCCUGAUCACAAUCCUAGUGCGUGAAUACCCUAUUGUUGCCCGUUUCUGGUCUUACCACUCAAGAGUUGAACAAACGAAAGUAGUUCGGGAGUACAAGUCUUCUACAAACCGGAGUAUCCCGAAUCAUACGAUAUGCCCGGGUUUACUGAUUCCCGAGAUGACACCAUUGAAAAUCCCCGGGCAUCGUACUGCAACAGGACGAGGCGCUCUACGGAAGUGUAGAUAG